GUAAAACAAUAAACUAGUAAAACCACAGCCUCAACGUGCACUCCACAGCUAUCCUAAAAAGUUGAUUCUGUUCAAGAACAGGCGAAAAAAGGCUAGCUAAAACAAAUACAUGUCCUCAACUCACAGGUAUAAGUAGCUGAGUGGUGCAUUUUUCAAAAAAUUAUUACACACCUGUGAAACUGAAAUUUUAGGGCAGCUGAGCUGAAUGUGAAUUAGAAAAAAGUUUGAAAUUUUGGCAGGCGAGAGACAAACAAUAACUCCUGGGGAGGAAAAGUGCAGUGAAGCAAUCCAAUGAGGUUUGACUCUUUGCUGUCAGCCAAUCUUUGGGUAAUCUGAUGUUGAAAGACCAAUAUGACCAAACUCUGCCCUUCUCCUUGAUGCCUGCAUCAUCAGGUGUCAGAUGGCAGCAAUAAGGCUAAUGGGAUGAUUUGGCACAUUGUCAAAUGCAGAUGUGUAUGCCAGUGAGGCAGAGAUACAACAGCAAUGCAAAGGAACUUAUGCAUGAAACAGGGUGUCAUUAUUAUUUAUUUCUUAAGUUUAUUUCUCUUAUUUCUAUUUAUAAUUUAUUGUAUAACUCCCUGAUAUAUGGAAAAUGAUGCUAACCCGCAGAUGAUUUAACUUUUAAUUUAGAUUCAAUAGUUCCUCCCGUUCUCCAUCAUUAAAGCACCACAGAAAUAGCAUUUUUUUCUGGGCAAAUGAUGUGAGGAAAUGUAUUAUUAUUUAUUAUUUGGGGUAUUAAAUAUGUAUAUAUUUAUUUGGUUUUGACUUGCAUCAUGAAUAAUGUCCAAAAACUAGAAACGUUCUCAUUUACUUCAAUUUGUAAAUUACAUCAGAGUGAUUUUAAUUUUUCAACUGAUUUGAUUAUUUUUAAAUAACUAUAUAUGCUGUUUAUGGUGUUUGAUUCGUCUGUAAAUAAAGAAGAAACUGUAAAAAUAUAUAUAUUUUUUCUAGACACCAGCCAGAGCCAGUACUUUUUUUUCCUGACUGAGACAGGCUAGCAAUAGCCUUUUCACAAGCAGCAUAUUUCCUAAAACGUGCUGCUCUUACCUUUGUUAGAGUUCAUUAUAAGUUGCACUGAGUAAAAUAAAUCAAUGCUGUCUGAGUAUUACAUAGAGUUAGAAGUUGCUUUUACCCUGUGAAUGUGAAUUAGACACACUCGAUGCAACAAUAAACAAAGAGAAGUAAUUGUAAAGUUGUGUGUGUGUGUGUGUGUCUGUGUGUAGGGGUGUGUGUGGAUGUGUACAUGCGUGUCUGUGGUCCUGUCUGUAUGAGUGUGACUGCAGGUAAAAGCGAGACACCCCCGGCCCGUAAAGCGAUCCUGACACCAUGAAUAAUACAGGGUGCCGUGGCAGAGAGGAUAAGUUGUCUGUGCAAGGCUCCUUUUUCACAGGGCUUUCUCCUGUGGGUCAUGUGAGUGCUGAAGUGACACUAAUUUUUCAUGAGUGAUGUGUGUGGAUGCAUGGUGUGUUUGUGUGUGUGUGAGUGUGUGUGUCUGCAGGCUGUGUGGCCAGGUAGGAGACGUCCAGGCAGUCAUCCCUCCAUCUGUGUGUCCUCAGUGGCUGCUCCGACCCCACGAUCCCAGAGCAUCUCUGCAGCCAAGGGUCAAAUGAAUUGUCUUACACCAUUAGAAACUCUACGCAGCUCUUACGAAACUAAGGGUCAGGGAAGUGAAUGAAUAAAAGAUGCCGUCCAAACAGAAAAAAUCCACAGCUUCAGGAGAAACUGAAGAGGUUGAUGACGAAGUGGAGGAAACUGAGCCAAAGUUAAAGGAGAGGAGCAACGGUUUGACCCGAGGGGACACCACUAAAAGGGGGAAGAGUCAGAAGAAACACAAGAGCUCCGAGAGCACUGAGAAUCAGGAGCUUUCAGAGAACGUGAAAGCUAAAAAAGAGGGGGAAAAGGGACGAGAGAAAAAGAAGAAAAAGAAAGCAGAUGAGGACGAGGAUGCUGAGGCUGUGAUUGAAGGCAAAGAUGAUGAGGGUGAGCAGAACAACAAUGAUCCCUCAACCAAUACCAAAAAGAAGAAAUCACAGAAACUCAAAGAAGAAGUGACCGAGGGAGUGAAGGAGGAAAAGAAGAAAAAGCACAAGAAAUCUUCUGCAGAGAACCCAGAGGGGGACGCGGAGAUGGGUUCCAAAGAUAAAAAGUCCAAAGAUGGCAAGAAAAAGAAAAAGUCUCACAAUGACGAUGAUGAGGAGCCUUUAAUUGAGGAGCAGGAAGAGGAGGAGGAAACAAAGAAAAAGAAGAAAAAGAAGGCAAAAAAGGGAUCAGCAGACAGCGAUGAAGAUAAAAAGAAGAAGGGGAAAAAGUCCAAAAGCAAACAGGUGGACUACUCUGAAAUCUACCAGAAUGAACUGCUGAACUACCACACAGACUCAUCCGAUGGAUAUGAAGAUGAAUACUUCAAAAAGAAAGUGUACGAGGUAGUUACUGUCACUGGUGAUGUUAAAGGAGCUGGGACAGACGCAAAUGUAUUUGUUACCCUUUUUGGAGACUUUGGCGUCACGCCCAAGGUCCACCUGGCAAGCAAAAGCCGGACUGCAUUUGAGAAGAAUAAGACGGAUGUUUUCCGAAUCAAAACACACAACGUGGGGCCUCUAAAGAAACUGAGGAUCGAGCACGACAACACAGGGAUGAGUGCCAGCUGGUUCUUGGAUAGAGUGGUGGUGACUGACAUGAACCGACCCCAUCUGCGCUUUUAUUUUGCCUGCAACAACUGGCUGAGUCGGGAGGAGGGCGACAACCUGUUUGUCAGGGACCUGCUGGGCAGCAUGAACCCCAUGGACGUCCCGAAAUUGAAUAAAUAUAUAGUGAGCGUGUUUACUGCUGAUAUGAAGGGAAGUGGAACCGAUGCUGAUGUCUUCCUGAAUAUUUUUGGAGAGAACGGUGACACAGGGGAGAGAAGACUGGACAGUGACAAAGACAACUUUGAACGUGGGUCAGAGGACAAGUUUACAAUAGAGGCCCCAAACCUCGGGAGGCUGAAGAAAAUCACUAUAGGUCACAACAACAGAGGCUCUUCAGCUGGAUGGUUUCUGGAUAAGGUGGUAAUAGAUGACAUGGGUAACAAAGAAUUGUACGAAUUCCCGGUGUAUAACUGGUUUGCCUUGGAUGAAGGUGAUGGCAAAAUACAGAGAGAUGUGUUGGUUGGAGCCACGCAGCCAAUGGGAAUUGUGUACAAUGUCCAAGUGAUGACUGGAAACGUGAGGGGUGCGGGGACCAACUCUAAGAUCCACAUGGUGAUGCAUGGAGCUAAGGGCAUAAAAAACAGCGGCAAAGUCUUCCUUGAAGGCGGGGCUUUUGAGCGCGGUCUCAUCGACAUCUUCAAUGUGGAGAUCUGUGAACUGAUGAGCCCACUCAGCAGGGUCACCAUCGGGCACGACAAUGGCGCAGUUGGUGCUGGAUGGUACUGUGAAAAGGUGGUUAUAUACUGUCCGUUCACGGGGAUAGAGCAGACGUUUCCGUGUGGGAUGUGGCUGGAUGAGGAUGAGGGAGAUGGGCUGAUUGAGAGGGAGCUGUAUGAGAUGGUCUCUCUCAGGCAGAAAAAACAGAUGAAGUACCCAUGGUCGCUGUGGAUUUGGACCUCAGAUGUAAAAGGGGCAGGGACAGAUGCCCAGGUAUUUCUGCAGAUCUAUGGAGAGAAGGGCAAGUCUGAUGAAAUGAAACUAGAAAACAACUCGGACAGUUUUGAACAAGGCCAGGUUGAUAAAUUCAUGAUUGAAAUGCCAGACAUUGGGAGACUGCUGAAACUGCGGAUCUGGCACGAGAAGAGACAUCCAUUCGCUGGUUGGCAUUUAGGAAAGGUCACCUUGCUCAAGACACUAACCAUGGAGAAAUAUUCUUUUGAAUGCGGCCGUUGGCUGGACAUCAACGAGGAUGACAAUGAGAUUGUCAGAGAGCUUCCAGCGACAGGAGUACUUAUUGAUGAGCCGCUGCCCUUGAUUAAGUACAGAGUCACCAUCUGCACAGGAAAUGUCAGUGGCAGUGGCACCGAUGCCACAGUCUUCCUCAAUGUUAUUGGUGACCUAGGUGAGACGGGCGAUCGACUCAUGAUUAUGAGCAAAAACAACGUUAACAAAUUUGAAAAGGGAAACCACGAUGAGUUUCUCAUUGAGUCCGUAUCCUUGGGCCAGGUGCGCAGGGUCCGUGUGGGUCAUGACGGCCGUGGUGGAGGCUGCGGUUGGUAUCUCGAUAAGGUGAUGGUCAGGGAGGAAGGCCAGCCAGAGAGUAUGGCCAUUGAAUUUCCUUGUUACAGGUGGUUGGACCGUAAUGAGGAUGAUGGACAGAUUGUCCGUGAGUUAGUUCCAGCGGGAGACGGCCUGCGUCUCUUCAAUGUCAGCUACCAGAUAGCAAUCAAGACAGGCAGUGUGAACGGGGCCAGCUCGGACUCCAAGGUGUUCGUCAAGCUGUAUGGGGAGAAGGGUGAUACUAGCAAGGUGAUAUUAGCAGUCUCCGACAAUGAUCUCAGGAACUACUUUGAGACAGGUCGCACGGAUAUCUUUACCUUCGAAACCUCUGACAUCGGGAAGAUCAACCGACUUCUGAUAGGUCACACCAACAAGGGACUGCGGGCCGGGUGGUUUCUGGACAGCGUGCAGAUCUCUGUGCCGGUUCACGGAAAGCAGUACAUGUUCCCAAGUCACAGGUGGCUCUGUAAAGAUGAAGCUGAUGGAAAGGUGGAGGUGGAGCUCUAUCCCAGCGAGACGUUGGACAUUGAACAAUUGAUCAACUAUGAAGUGACAGUAGUCACAGGUGACGUGCGUGCAGGUGGAACUAACGCCAAAGUCUUCUGUCAGAUCUAUGGAUAUGAAGGAAAAACUGAAGUUCUGCCUCUAAAAAGUCGCUCCAACAGUUUUGAACGUGACACCACUGACAUCUUUAAGAUUGAGGCUCAGGAUGUUGGUAAGAUCUAUAAGAUACGUAUCUACCACAACGGGAAGGGUAUUGGAGACGGAUGGUUUCUGGAGACUGUGGACAUCAAGCGCCUGACGAUGGCUAUGGUGCAGGUUGAGGUGAAGAAAGAAGAGACGAGCAAAAAGGACAAGAAGAAAGAUAAGAAAAAGAAGAAGAAGGAAGAGGAGGAGGAGGUGGAGAUAAUUGAAGAGCUGCAGGAAGUGGUGGAGACAUUUAUUUUUCCUUGUAACCGCUGGCUAGCCAGGGAUGAGGAGGACAGGGAGAUUGUGGUUGAGCUGCUGACUGAGGAUAAUGAAGACUUGGAGAUGAACUCCUAUGAGAUACAUGUGUUCACUGGGACGAUGUGGGGGGCAGGGACAGAUGCCAAUGUGUACAUCAACAUCUACGGAGAGACAGGCGACACGGGAGAGCGACACCUCAAGAAAUCCAACAACCUAAACAAAUUUGAGAAAGGCCAGGAGGACGUUUUCGACAUCUCUGCAGUCGACCUGGGGACCCUGAAGAAGCUGAGGAUCCGCCAUGACAACAGCCAGGCCAGCGCCGGCUGGUUUUUGGACAGAGUGGAGAUUGUGGACAACAAAGAUGACACCACGUACUUCUUUCCUUGCAAACGGUGGCUGGCUGUCGAUGAGGAUGACAGACAGCUUGCCAGAGAGCUUGUUCCUGUGGAUGAGGCGUUCAUGAAGAAGGGAGAUGAUGAUGACGAAGAUGACUCUGAAGCUACUCUUGGUUUGGAACAGAAAGCCAUGUCAACAACAUACACAGUGAGGAUAAAAACUGGUGACAAGAAGUACGGAGGAACAGACGCUAACGUCUUUAUGAUCCUGUAUGGCACCAAGGAUGACACAGGAAUUAUUAACCUGAAGGCUUCAAAGACCCAUAAGAACAAGUUUGAGCGAGGUAUGAUUGAUGUGUUCACUGUGGAGGCCGUGGACCUCGGACCCCUGAAAAAGCUGCGUAUUGGACACGACAACAAUGGGGGAGGGUCAGCAGGCUGGUUUCUUGACUGGGUGGAGAUUGAUGCUCCAUCUCUGGGACAGAAACUACACUUCCCCUGCGGCCGCUGGCUGGACAGAGGAGAGGAUGAUGGAGCCAUCGUCAGGGAGCUUUUCCCUAAUCCUCUUCAAACAGAGUUUUACACACCAUUCGUUCCUUAUGAGAUCAAAAUCUUCACAAGUGACGUGUUUGGAGCCGGUACAGACGCAGACGUCUUCAUCAUCCUGUAUGGCCGAGAUGCAGUGUGCACCCAGCAGAAGUCCCUGUGUGUCAACAAGAGGGAGAGGAGAAUGUACUUUGAGAGAGGAGCUGAGGACAUGUUUAUUGUUGAGCUAGAAGAUGUCGGAGAUGUAAUUGAGAAGAUUCGUAUUGGCCAUGACAACCGUGGGGUGAACCCAGGCUGGCAUCUGGACAGAGUGGAAAUCAGACGCCUCCUCAGGAAAGGAAAGGGUUCAGAGACCGUGAUCUUCCCCUGUGAGCGGUGGCUCGCCAAGUCAGAGGACGAUGGAGAAACGGUGAGAGAGCUUGUGCCCUCUGACAUCAUCACAGAGAAACUUUCAAGAGAUGGAAGCCUGAAAGUGACUGAAGUCGAGGUGGAAGACGCUCUGGAGACCCACACAUACAAAGUUUCCGUGAUGACAGGUGACGUGUAUGGAGCCGGCACUGAUGCCAACGUCUUCCUCACCAUUUACGGGGACCUGGGGGACACCGGGGAGAGAAAACUGAGCAAGUCGGAGACAAACAGCAACAAGUUUGAAAGAGGAUCUGUGGAUAAGUUCACUAUAGAGGCAGUAGACCUCGGUCAGAUUUUCAAAAUAAAAAUUCGCCAUGAUAACAGUAUGGUGAGUCCUGACUGGUACUUGGAUCAGGUGGAGGUGCUGGACAUUGAUACAGAAGAGGUGUUCCUCUUCUUAUGUGAACGCUGGCUCUCCAAGAAGAGAGAGGAUAGACGCAUCCAAAGAUACUUUUAUGUCAAGGGUUAUGAAGGAGUUCGAGAGAGCUCGGCCAGUGAAAAGAAGAACUUGGCUCUAAUGCAGAAAAGCGUCGACAAUAACAUGAACAAGAAGAACAAGAAGAAGAAAGAAGAAAAAAUUGAUCUUCCAAUCAUACCUUAUCACAUCACCAUCUACACUGGACUGGAGAGGGAUGCGAGCACCACCAGCAGGGCUUAUGUCAUCAUUAUCGGGGCUAAUCACACCCAGACAGAUAGGUUGUGGUUGGACCUGCAAGACGGGAGGAAGGGCUUUGAGGCCGGCUCUCUGGAGAGCUUCGAGUCCCACGGUUCAGAUGUGGGGGAGAUCAAAAAGGUUGAGCUCGGCCAUGAUGGGGCCACUCCAGAGAGCUGCUGGCUGGUUGAUGAACUAUGUGUUGCUGUGCCAACCAAAGGGGUCAAAUAUAUAUUUGCUUGCAAGUGCUGGCUGGCCAAAGAUCGAGGAGAUGGGUUGACUGCUAGAGUAUUCAAUGUGCUGGACUCAGAAGCCAUUUCUAUCUCCCAUAAGAUUAUCUAUGAGGUGACAGUGGUAACCGGAGAUGUGCAGAAUGCGGGAACAGACACCCAGAUCUUCAUGACUGUUUUUGGGGCCAACGGCAGUACAGAGGAGAUGCUGCUGCAGAAGAAUGAGGACAGGUUUGAGCGAGGUCAAGAGGACACCUUUAACAUGGAGAUCGAUGACGUUGCCCCACUGAGAAAAAUGCGACUCCGGAUAGAUGGAUCAGGCAGUCGGCCCGACUGGUUUCUUGACAAGGUGAUCAUGCGUAACCUGACCACGGAGGAGGUGUCUGUGUUUACCUAUGAAGGGUGGCUGUCCAGGACACAUGGACCCAAGAGGACACUGAUCUGUGAGAUGGCAGCUGUGGUGGACGAGGAGGUGAUGGUGGAGGUCACUACCUACAUUGUCCAGGUCAAGACAAGUGACGUCGCAGGGGCAGGCACUGAUGCCAACGUGUGGAUCAUUAUUUUUGGAGAGAACGGGGACACAGGAACACUGGCGCUGAAAGAGUGCAACAAGUCCAACAAGUUUGAACGCAAGCAGGUGGACACGUUUCGCUUCCCAGAAAUCCUCAGCAUGGGAGACCUCUCCAAAGUACGAGUCUGGCACGAUAACACAGGUAUUGCUCCAGGCUGGCACUUGGAGUAUAUUGACGUGAAGGACGAGAUCAUGGACAAAACAUUUCGUUUCCCCUGUGACCGCUGGCUUGCCAAGAACGAUGAUGAUGGACAGAUAAUGAGAGAGCUGGCCUGUGCUAACAAUGACUACUUGGACCUCAAUGAAAAGACCAAGUAUGAAAUUUGUAUCACAACUGGAGACACAGCUGAAACCAAGGAAAAUGCCUGGAUUGUACUUGAAGGGAGAAAGGGUCGAUCAAAAGAAUUUGUAAUGGAGAACUCCUCAAAGAAGAAGAGGUUCUUGCGGGGAAAUGUUGACAGGUUUGAAUUUUCAUCCAAGAACUUGGGUGAUAUUGCUGGCAUCUGUCUGGGCCAUACACCCAAGGAUGGAAAGAAAGUAAAGGGGGAGGUUUACUGGCACGUGGAGGAGGUUGUUGUGACCGAAAGAGAACUGGGAAACAAGUACAUUUUCAAAUGCAAUUCCCUCAUUCCUCUUUCUCCUAAGAGGGACGAUUUCAUCACCGUUGAGUGCACAAAGACCAUCGAGAGCUUUGCAAGCAAAGCUCGAAGCCUGGUACCUGUCAAAUAUGAGAUCAUCGUCAUCACAGGUGAUGAAAAGGGUGCAGGAACCGAUGCCAAUGUUUUCAUUACUCUCUAUGGCUCCAAUGGAGAUUCGGGUUGCAGGCAACUGCGUCAGAAGUUUCGUAACCUUUUUGAACGUGGGCAAACAGACCGUUUCUCUGUGGAAAUGCUGGACAUGGGGGAGUUGCAGAAAGUCCGGGUAGAACACGACAACUCCGGUCUCAGCCCUGGCUGGCUGCUCGAUCGUGUGGAAGUCACCAACACAGCCAAUGGUGUUACCACUAUCUUUCUCUGCGGGAAAUGGCUGGACUCUAAGAAGGCAGAUGGAAAGAUCUCCAGGGCCAUCUACCCAAAAUACUAAAAAACCCUACAGCUCAAGCAUGUCCUCUUAUGUUUAAAAGUAAUGACCAAAGAGAUUCUCCUUCUAGCAAGUUUUAUAUCUCAGGAACUGAGACAUUAAAAAAAAACAUGUCAUGAUGAUGUCUAAUGUGGUCAGGAAAAAGGAAAGUGCCAAUCUUUUUAAAUAUCAGGGAUUCUUUGCAUUGUUUUGUUGUAAUACAGAUUUUAUAAAAUGAACAAAUGAAUAAAUAAAUCCAAUUUGUUUAUAACACCCAGUUUUCAGCUUCACUUCUGACUUGCUGGUAGGUCUAAACUUUACCUUCAAGUCUGGUUAAGCAGAAAUAUACACUCAUUGGGCACUUCAUUAGUUAUACUUUGCUAUUACAGUCGUCUCCUUUUGCCUUCAGAGCUGCCUUAAACACAGCAAACAAAAUGCUGGAAAUAUUCCUCAGAGAUUUUGAUCCAUAUUGACCUGAUUGCAUUACACAGUUGUUGCAAAUAUUCAGUUCCACAAACUUGCAAAGAUGCUAUAUUGGACUGAGAUCCGGUGACUGUGGAGACAAUUUAUGUGCAGUGAAUUCAUUCAACAAAUCAAGAAACCAGUUUGAGUUGAUUUGAGCUUUGUGACCUGUCGCACUAUUAUGCUGGAAGGAGACUGGUACACUGUGGUCAUAAAGGGAUGGGCACGGUCAGCAUCAAUACUCAGGUAGGCUGUGGUGUUAAAAUGAUGCUCAGUUGAUACUGAGGGUCCCAACAUGUGCCAAGAAAAUCUCCUCCACACUAUUACACCAUCACCAGUAUCAGCCUGAAUCACUGAUACAACGCAGGAUAGAUCCAUGCUUUCAUGUUGUUUACACAAAAUUCUGACCCUACCAUCUGAAUUUCUGCAGCAAAAACUGAGUCUCAACAGACCAGGCAAUGAUUUUCCAAUCUUCUGUUGUUCAGUUUUGAUGAUUCUAUGCAAAUUGUGGAGAAUGAUAUUUAGACAUUACAUUAAACAGGUAAAUAAAUGACUCAAAUGGGACAUUCAAAUAUGUCAAAGUGAUCGUUAAGAAGUAAUUGUGUAUGAAUUUUAUAUUUAUAACUUUUUCCUUGGCCCAAAACAAUUGUUUUAAUGUCUAGUCAACAAUACAGGGACACACAGAGAUUCCAUGAUUUCUUCGGGUUUUUGAAUUACAAUCUAACUGCUACAUGUCAGUAGAUUGCAGAAAUCAGUCAACUGAGUUCUUUUGUCCCUGAUUCAAGUGUAUAAUCCUAGAUACGGUGGCCAAAGGAAAAACAUGUUGUAGUCAGUCAAGAGAGACCAUAAACAUUAAAUUUAGACUGUUCCCCAUGGUGACAUGGUCAGUCGGCAAGUUUCUAUUAAUGCUUGGACCAGAUCCGGAAAGAGUUUUUCCCUAUUUGUGAAAAGCUGUCAGUCUUCUGUUUGCCUUAGCUGUCAAUGCCCAGUAAGAAGCACCUAUCUCUAUUUUCAAGUCCAAUAUGUGUCACUGAGUCAGAGAAGCUCAUGUCUGAACAAUGACAGCCAUACUAAGGUGAGUUGUUGAGGACAUACAGAACAUUAGGCGGCACUAUAGUUUUUGCUGCUGGUAGCCUCUGUUAGCUUCUGUGAAACAGUCUUUGAAGUGGAUGUAGCUUUGCUGAACUCUGACGCUCUGAGUGAAUAACCUCUUAUAAGGUGUGAGAAUGUUAUCAAGUGUGAAUUUUUAGGAUUUUUAGGAAUUUUAGGAUACUUUAGCCUAACGUUAGCUAGCAUAAUGUUAGCUUAAAACCAGCUGCUGUUGUUGUUAGCUUUUGUCAGCUAGCUGGAGAUAGAAAGAUAACAGUCUAAUCUUCUGACAAUAAGUAACUGGAAUAAUAUUAGGAAUAAAUGAGGAUGUUUAUACACAUUUUUAUGUUUUAGAGUCCUGACUUCAGUUUAGCAGAUAAGACUUGAGGUGAGGAGGAAGAGGAUGACUUUAUAUCCAGAUGCUGUUGCCUCUUUUCUUUGUGUUUUCACUUCUUUGGUAAAGGAGAUCCCAUCAAAGCUGAUAAAACAUAUAUUUACAGUACACCCACAGUUCUCUUUUUUCUCUGCUUUUGACAUGUGGGUGAUCUCUAGCCACAUACGUAAAACGCUAUAAAUUUAUAAGUACAAUAUCUUUUUUUUUCUCUAUAAAACAACCUGAUGACCUGACUUCACCUUUAACUAAUUUUGAGGGGU